ACUCGCGUCUUGCUCAUGAUCCACAUCCACGACGUCCAUGUCCGACUAUGACUUUCGCCCUGGCGGCGCCCUCAAACUGAGAGGUGUUGCCGAGGGUGGGAUUGUCAAGAAGAAGAAGCAGAAGUCGAAAUCGAAGGCCAAGGAGAAGGAAAAGAGUGCAGAGGAUGAGCUUGCGAAGGAGAUAGAGUUGCUCAAGCAGGAGGAAAUUGUCAAGAGUUCAUCUCCAUCGGGCAGUGGUAGAAACUCCCCGGCGAUCGCAAGUAGCAGUAGCGACAGGAAGACGACAGCGGAGAAGAGGUUCGAGGAGGUCCAAAGGAAGCGGCUCGCUGAGAAGGUGGCGAGGCUGGCCAACAAGACCCACAAGGACCGUGUACACGAAUUCAACAGUAAGCUGGAGGCUCUCAGCGAGCACCAUGACAUCCCCAAGGUGGGACCGGGCUAAUACGCCUCUACUGUACUGCGCCUCGUCUGUAUCACUGCUCUUUGUAAACUAUUCCAUCUCGUCAAAAUGGAAGUCAUUUCGCGGUGGACUUGCUGUCGCUGCACGCUGUA